CAAAAUCAGUGCCCUUUAAAUGUUAUUUGGGUUUUUUAUAUAUCAGGUAGUGAGCCAGCGAGACUUCCUACAGACUUACACUGAAGAAGAAAUACAAUUCUGGAUAGAUUGGCUCUCCCAGUCCAUCCACGGCCACAGCAGGACGCGCCUUUGUCGGUUGGGAUGCAGCAGCAGCCUCUCAGAGCUCUGCUCCAUGCAGCACAGAGUCAGAGCAUCUGCGCCUGCAGAGGAUGCUGCUGCUGCUGCUGCUGCUGCCGAAGGACCGAGUUCAUCACUCCGAGACGCGCGAUCUUUUCCGAAGUAAGCUCGUACACUGAUCAUCUUUUUAGCCUGCGCAGGAUCGGCGCUCAAACGAAAGAGGACAGAAACUCCAAAGACACUCUCUGAUUCUUCACGUGGCUUCGUUGUUGAACUUGACUCGGGAGCAUGGGAGUCGUCAGGACCGACGCAGCCCCUCACCGGCUGCAGAAGUUGGACGGCAAAACAUUGAAACGCCGUGACUUUUGAAGGCUUUUGCAGCCCGCGUGCGCUUUUGGAGGAUGCUCAACAUGUGGCAUUCAGGUAAAAAGCACCUUUAAUCUGUCUGAUGCUUGGAGGGAUAUUGAUCAGGGAAGAGUCCCCGAGUGCAGCCAAUUAUUCACGGUAAUGGAAUGAAGACACUUGGGUGAGAUAAUGGAUGAUAGAUCCAACAAGCUCGUUUUGGUCCCCGUCUUGGCAGUCCUCUUCGUUAUGAUCGGGUACCAGUACAUUUGUCCGGCGGGCAGCAAUUCGUGCCACUUUAAGACGGAGGAGAAAUUCCGCGGAGUGAGCCUGCUCCCAUCCCCGUAUCAGGACACCGACGACUUCUACAGGGACCAAGACCUGGAGGAUGACGCGCCUCCAAGAAUACCGUCCAAAUUCAACUUCACCGACAGAGACCUCGACCGCCAUGUGGAGUUCAACAUCAGAGGGGACGACGUGAUUGUGUUUUUGCACAUCCAGAAGACAGGGGGGACCACUUUCGGGAGACACCUGGUGAGGAAUAUUCGCUUGGAGCAGCCGUGCGACUGCAAGGCGGGCCAGAAGAAAUGCACCUGCCACCGGCCGGGGAAGAAGGAGAGCUGGCUCUUCUCCCGGUUCUCCACCGGCUGGAGCUGCGGGCUGCACGCGGACUGGACCGAGCUGACGAACUGUGUUCCCGUCGUGAUGGACAAGAAGGAGGCCCAGAGCAAGAAGAGGAACUUCUACUACAUCACCAUGCUGCGAGACCCGGUAUCCCGCUACCUGAGCGAGUGGAAGCACGUCCAGAGAGGAGCCACAUGGAAGACUGCCCUUCACAUGUGUGACGGGCGCUCGCCCACGCAGGAUGAGCUGCCCACCUGCUACAGCGGCGAUGACUGGUCCGGUGUCACGCUGACAGAGUUCAUGAACUGCCCGUCAAACCUGGCCAGCAACCGUCAGGUCCGCAUGCUGGCUGACUUGAGUCUGGUUGGUUGCUACAACCUGUCCUCUAUGAACGAGAGCCAGCGCAACCACAUCCUUUUAAGCAGCGCCAUGAGCAACUUGAAGAACAUGGCUUUUUAUGGCCUGACUGAGUUUCAGCGCAAGACGCAGUACAUGUUCGAGCGGACGUUCAGCCUGCGGUUCAUCUCUGCCUUCACGCAGAUCAACAGCACAAGAGCUGCCAACGUGGACCUCAGCGAGCUCGUGCGCAAACGCAUCGAGGACCUCAACUUCCUGGACGUGCAGCUGUAUGAAUAUGCAAAGGACCUGUUCCUCCAGCGGUUCCAGUUCACCCGACAGAGGGAGCAUCAGGAGGUGCGGUUGAAGAGACGUGAGGAGAGGCGUUGGCUGCGGGAGCAAAAAGAUCAGAGCUGGCCGUGGUCGCCAAAACACAAAGGGAGGGCAAACCGAGGCGGGACGGGGGGAGGAGACUUUGAGAAGGAACCGGAAAGGAACUUACCCAGCACCACUGAAGAUUACACGAGCCAAGUGGCUCGCUGGUAAGACCUGAUCAAAGAAGGAGAGUUUUACAGACAUUUUGUUCAACACGCUUUGACUCUCUUUAUGUAACACCAUCGAUAUGUGUCCUGCAUCUAUCUGUCAGCUUCAGUGUGAUUCAAGUACUCUGCUAUCUCGUCAUUGAAGAAGAAAAAAAAAAGCCAAGUCUGUUUGUCUCAGAGUUCCCUUAGGUGUCUUAAAUCUUUAAAUGCUGUCUAUGUUUUAUUCUUGCCUUGUUUUUUAUUUACUGAACUAAAAAAAAGGUAUAUUAAGGUGAAAGAAAAACAAAAAAAAGGUCAUAUAAAUGUAGAGUUUUUACAGAAAGUUGUUGAAGUCAGAAAUGAUCAGACUGUUCUUAUGUCAUAUUGUUUUGUCAGGCUCUCAUGAGUAUCGUAUCAUUUUUAGAAUGUCAUUUUUAACACAAACUGGAAGUGUAAACUCAAACCUGAUUUCAGUUCAACCUAAUUCGAAAGAUAGUUUGAUUGUGACUGAAACAGCACGCAAAAUGAAGCAUAAGCUAAUAAAAACAAGGUGUAUUUAUUUAAAGACAUAUUUAAUUUACCCGACCUCCACUGCUGCAGGUUCAUAAAGGACUCUGUCAUCUCUUCAAAAGACAACACUUCAAAAUAUGAUGUUUGCUGUCAGAGUUUAAUAUUGCAGCAGCUGCAGCAGCAGCAGCAUUGACGUAUCAACAUCAAAACACACCUUGUGUAGAUCUCAGAGGGGUUUCUCACAGAUCACAGUGUUUGACACCACGAUAAGACGGUAGAUUUCCAGAGAACACGCUUCAUGAAAUCUGAACGCGUGGAACGAAAGUUUCCAAGUUUGACAACACUAAAUCAUCAACAGUAUAUACAAUAAAGUAGUAUUUCCAUAAAACAGUCGGAAAAUCUUGUUUUUUUCACCGAAUUUUCUUGAUGUUAAAGGGUUCCAUAGGUCCUGUCAUUUUAUCAGCACUGAUUUAAAACAGUCAAACACUAUUUCCACAGGUUUGACAGCUUUUUCUUCAUGAAGGGGAAAGAAGCAGAAAGAUGUUUUCUUCUGAUGAAAACAGUACGGUGAUAUGCACAUGAACCAGCAGGGUACCCAAUAUUUUCUCAGUCAAAGCAUCAUGUUGUUUGCAUGUGGUGCUCCCAUUAUGCUGUAAUUUCUGAUCAGAAUCGAUCAAUCUUUCCCUGAAUGGCAGUUAAUUGACAAAGAGUGCAGAUGCCAAAGUGUGUCAGCAUGACCGCUACGUUUCCUGACUGCGAAUGAGAUGAUCAGCAGUCAGUUCCCCGCGCCACACUGACCGUUUCUUUUCCACGUUCGACGGGCUGACGGAGCUGCAGACUGCUCCAGAGUCAGUCCAGACUCAAAGAGACGCCUAAGAAGGCAGAAACGUCCCUCUGCUUUAUGAAUUGAAGCCUUCCGCAAACCUGAUUUUAUCUGAACAAACAUCAGUAGCUGAGCUGCUUAAAUGUCUAUUACCUCAUGUUUACUCAAGACACAUGCAAAUCAAAUGAUGUGUUCACUUUGUGUGAAUCCACUUUUUACAAUUCUGUUCAAACUUUUUCUGUGACUGAAAUACCUCAGGUGUAAAAAUGUUACCACAUUUCGUUGUGUCUGUAAAUCAGCGUGUUGUUCAACACAUCUGUCUGUUAGGACGCAAUAGAGUUUUUUUUUUCUUUUCAGUUAGUCAAGUAUUUGAAUAAAUGAAUAGAUGGCAGACAAAAAUGAAAGGUGUUGGAGGACAUGUUGUUGCACUUUUAUUUAAUUUUUUUUUAUCUGCAUCUAAAUGGGAUUAUUUUUGUAUCCAAAACUUGCAGGAAAAUGUAACAAAGAUCAGUUUUUUGCUCUAAAAAUGUAUAUGGGUGGAAAAGAGUAGUUCAAAAUAUUCAAUUUAGCACCGUUAAUUAAUUAAACAUUUACUUUUUUUCCAAAUUACUAAAGUAUAAUUUUUCUUUUAUUUAAAAAACAAACAACAUUGUGUUGUUCCAACCAUAAUUGGUAACUUUUUAACAUUACGUUCUCCACUAGAACAGCUGGAAAUCUUGUAAAAUAUGAACUCAAUCAUUGUUCAUUGGUCAUACAGAUUUAAGAGGUUUAGGGGCCAUCACGAUGAGGAAUAUUUAUCUCUGCUCUCACUUUUAAAUACUGACUUUGAGUUUUAGGGGGGAAAAAAUCAAUUAACGGUCCAAAUACAAUCUUUUUCUUUUCAAUUGUCAAAGGUUUUCCUGCCUUUCUGUCAAAUUUCUGCCAUGUUUCAAAGCUCUGAACACAUCGCUGACAGAAGUUCACAUAAAAAUACUAAUUUCCUUAAUCUAACCAUGAGGCAGAAACCCCUAAUUGUAUUUUCCAUCUUUUUUUUUUCUUGAAACAUUUUCCUGAUCCUGAUGUCAUUUUCAUUGGUAGUUUUAGUUUCCAUAAGCACUUUAUGAUUAUUUUUUGUCAGUAAAAAGGCUCCUUUAAUGGUAAACAUCUGAUGCUGUGUUUUCAUUUUCUAUUUCAUUUGUAAUGAUGUCUUUAUUUUGUUGUAAGAUCUUUUUUUCAGUGGAUUAAGAACAAAUCUAUCUUUAAAAUUCAAAAGGAGUGUGAUUAAACAAAGGACUUACCACCAAUAGAGUGGUGUACUUAAAGAAACACUUUACCUGACUAAAUUAUGAGAUUUACUUUUAUGAACUGUACCAUGUUUUUCUCUCAAAGAUUAUGAUUUAUCUUCUCUAUUUAAAUUGUUCUAACUGCUGCUGAGGUAUGGCUUUGCCUGACAUUUGUUAAGUAUAAUUCAAGAGAGUGUGUAAAAAAAAUUCUGUGUACAUAUUGGACGUCUUGUAUUUAAAAAACUUACAAGGAUUUUGCUGUCUUAUAUCUAUUCUACCAUUUUUCUUGUCAGAACCGGGGCCAAAAAAGCAAGUUCUGCUUAACACAACAAAAAUAAAUGCACUGAAUG